AAUCUGUCUCUCUCUCUCUCUCUCUCUCUCUCUCUCUCUCUCUCUCUAUUUCUCUCUUUCUCUGUCUCUCUCUUCGCUCCGGUUUACAGCUCACAACUAGACAGUACUGCUAUCAUUUUAGUACUUUCGUCUUUAUUCAGCUAUUACUACAGUUGUCACAAGAUACGACGUCGUAUCUUUCGGGGGCUACACACGGAUAUACUUGCUUCUUCUUCUUCUUCUCUCUCGUUGUUUCCAUUUUCUGUUUACCAAACACCGACUUCUCUCUGCUUAUCCACUGCUUCCUCUUCCGCAUUGAGGGUCAAAGCUUACGGGUUCGGUGUUGAAGGUAGUUCUGAGUGGAGAAAAAAAAUGUUUACUUUCACUCGGAGACGCAUGAAACUUGGCAGAGUAAAAAAGGUCCAGCUUUCGGAUUUUGCUCAUGGGAUGAGAAGUCCCUUAAGACCAACAAAACGUCUUAACAAUCUCAACUCCGAAGGUGCCGUGCCUGCUAAUAGUCAGUCUGAUGAAAACGAUUACCAGUGUUCUUCUGCUGCACCUGAGAUUAGUAACUGUACAUCAGGGAACUCCGAGAAUUGGAUGGUAUUGUCGGUAUCUGGGGACAAACCAACACCUCGUUUCAAUCAUGCAGCAGCUGUCAUCGGGAACAAGAUGGUUGUGGUUGGUGGUGAAUCUGGGACGGGAUUGUUAGAUGAUGUACAGGUGCUUAAUUUCGAUAAUUUCAUGUGGACGACAGCUUCAUCAAAACUUUACUUGUCGCCAAGUAGUUUGCCGCUAAAGAUCCCUGCAUGGAAGGGCCACUGUCUGGUUUCUUGGGGGAAAAAGAUGCUUCUAGUUGGAGGAAAAACAGAUCCUGCUAGUGACAGAGUUUCAGUAUGGGCAUUUGACACGGAAACUGAAUGUUGGUCACUUUUGGAAGCAAAGGGAGACAUACCGGUUGCUCGCAGUGGUCACACUGUGGUUAGAGCAAACUCAGUCUUAAUCCUUUUUGGGGGAGAAGAUGCCAAAAAGAAGAAACUAAAUGACCUACAUAUGUUUGAUCUGAAGUCUUUAACAUGGCUUCCUCUUCAUUGCACAGGAACUGGACCAUCUCCAAGAACCAACCAUGUGGCUGCUCUUUAUGAUGAUAAAACCCUCCUCAUUUUUGGAGGAGCAUCAAAGUCCAAAACAUUGAAUGACUUGUACUCACUUGACUUUGAAACGAUGAUAUGGUCGAGAAUAAAGAUACGGGGUUUUCACCCAUCUCCAAGAGCUGGUUGUUGUGGAGUUUUAUGUGGAACUCAGUGGUAUAUAGCAGGGGGAGGAAGCAGGAAAAAGCGACAUGCAGAGACAUUGAUCUUUGAUGUUUUAAAGCUUGAGUGGUCUGUGGCUUGUACAUCUCUUCCGACUUCAAUCACCACCUACAAGGGUUUUAGCCUAGUACUUGUUCAUCACAAGGAGAAAGAUUUUCUUGUUGCAUUUGGAGGGUCCAAGAAGGAGCCAUCAAAUCAGGUCGAAGUUCUAAUCAUGGAGAAGCAUGAAUUAUCCAUGGGUCGACAAUCAACACCUAGCAAAUGUCCUGGACAACAGCUAUUCAAAAAACGUUCAUCAUCCAGAGGGUUAGCUACCCAAUUGAGUAAUGACUCUUCUACACGUUCGGUUGAGUCUGUUGCUAAGCAGAAUCUAGCAUCUGUAAUUGAACAGCAUGGUUCUGGUAGAAAAUCAUUGUCAGAGUUCUCCAUUGUUGAUACAAAUCCUCUCUCUGGAAAUGUCUCACUUCGGAAGCAAUUUCAUAACGAGGAAGAACAUAAUGUAUCUGUUAAAAUGUCAAAAAGUUCAGAAGAUGAGAGUCCUAUUCCCCAGGUAACAGAGCAAAGAGUAAAUGAAUCAGACAAAGGGAUGCAGACCAAUAUUCCCAUGAGCAGGAUCAAUUCGGAAGAGGCAUCUACUAUGCUUGUAUCAGAAAGUUCAAAUUCCCUGAUUCAGAGAAUUGGAAACCUUACUGCUGAUAAUGACGAUUUAAUAUUUCCAGAAAUUGAUGGUAAAUCAGGAGCAUUAUCAGGUCCAUCCAGCACAUAUCAAUUUUAUGAGUCCAAAAUGGCUGCUUUGAUAAAGAGAAAUGGAAUUUUAGAGGCCCAUUUGGCAGCUGCAUUGGCAAGCCGAGAAGCUGCGGAGAAAAAUUUGUCUUCUGCACUGAGGAGUAAACAGGAUAUGGAGAAAAAGUUGGCAGAUACCAUUAAGGAAAUGGAAUUGCUAAAAGAGAAGCUUGCUGGGGUAGAACUAGCACAAGAAGAGACCAACAGUCUAUCAAAUAUUGUCCACUCUGACAACGUAAGGCUGGAGCAUGAUGUAGCAUUUCUCAAGGCAGUUUUGGAUGACACGCAGAAGGAGCUGCACUCAACUAGAGGAGUCCUUGCUGGGGAGAGAGCAAGAGCAUUCCAACUACAGGUUGAAGUUUUUCAUCUUAAACAAAGAUUGCAAUCUAUGGAGAACCGUGCACCCACGCCUAGGAAACCUUUCCACGUGUAGCAUGAGGAAUCUAAAACAAUUGAAUUAGAUCAUACACUGUAGGGAGGAGGGGUCACACCAUUGGAGUAAUCACUGGUAAACUGCUGGGAUAAACAGCCUACCAGCCAAGAUGUAAUUGUUUCUCUGUAUAUAUGUAAAUUAACCAUUGUAUUGGCAUAUUUCUGUUCUAUAAUAUGCUUUAGGAGCUUUUUAACUUGGAAAAGAUAAGGGAAAAAAGAAAGUAGUGCUUCCGCACCUAUUGGCAUUAGAUGGAGGAUGCUGUUUUACGACUAUGAGGUUAUUGCUUGACUUGGUAGGUAACCCAGUUGGCUGCUUGGUGUUAUUUUGGACUUUCUUUUUAGUUCUUUUUCAUAAAGAAAA